AUGGCGAUGCAGUCGUCAACGCUUGCGAACGCGACGGUCGCACUGGAGCUCUUUCCGUGGCUCCACUACCCAGCUCUCUUGGACGAUGUUGCGGGUCGAGGCUUCUUGCCGCUCGUACGCUCGCUGCACGAACGCGGAUUCGCGUGCUCGACGAACGCCAUGGACGAAGCGGCCGCGAACGGCCAUUUGGACGUCGUCUCCUUCCUGCACGUACAUCGACACGAAGGGUGUACUGAGGAAGCGAUGGACGAUGCUGCUGCCUACGGUCAUUUGGAGGUCGUCGAGUUUCUCCAUUUGAACCGAGCCGAAGGCUGGACUAUCAAGGCACUCGACGGCGCCAUUAGCGAUGGCCACCUCGACGUCGUCGAGUACCUCUACCGUCUCGGACUCGUCGACUGCACCGCGGACGCCAUCGAUAGAGCAGC